AUGAAACAGAGGCAACAAAACUGGAUGAAGCAAAGAGCAGAAAUCCAAAACAGUUCAUCAUCCCCAAAUGCUUUAACAUCAGUAACUGCUCAAAAAGAAAACACAAUAUUGUCCAGAGAGAAGCCAGAAUACGAUGAAGGAAAGACAUUUAUCAAAAGCAGGGAUGAAAGUUCCAUUGAAGGACUUCUAGCCACGAAUAAAUCCAAGGCAAAGUUUCAAAACUGGUUAAAAGCUAAAGAGUCUAAGGAAUCAGAUAACGAAGAUGAUGAAAUGGAAGACCAUGUGGAUGAAUUCAAAGAGAAUAGUAGGGCAGUUAAUUUCGGUGGAAACAAAACUGUGUACAAGAGCGCUAAUUAUAAUGAUGGCUCCAUUCGGCAAAACAGCUUGCGAUUUGCUAACAGUGGUAAACCCAAAAUGCUUCAUCCAUCAAGUGUUAGGUCAGAGUCGACUGACCCCGGAUUUAACAGCGAAGAUGAAACAGGUGAGAUCACUGCAGCCACACUUCUCUCCCCUGAAGAUUUUGACUCGCGAGCCGACGAUAUCAUAGCAAGAGUGAAAGGGGAUUUAAAGCUCUCCACCAAAUACUCAAAGGGGGUCUUCAAUAACAUAUCAAAUGCAGCAAGUUUUGUGGACAUGAAGAGUUCCCCGUCCAAAGAGGCUGAUGUUAGUGAGAAUAGCCUUGCCAGCCAUGUUUGCCCUACUUGUGAAAAACUAAUGAUGCCCCCCAGUUCCAGCGCCAUGCUGCUCAUCCCCUGCGGCCACACCCUAUGCACAAGUUGCAGUCAGCGCACCAAGUUUUGCGCAAUGUGCGGCUGCGCCGUGCACUCCACUACCCCGAACAUCAUGCUGCAACAGAUCAUCACCAACUUCCACACUAAACAGACACACAGACAGAAAACCAGUACAUCCAUUCGCACGGUACCGAAAAAGAACUACGAAGAAGAAUACCAGAAUCUCCUAACAAGACGAGAUAUUCUUAAGGAGGAAGCAGAGAAUAUCACUUCCGUAAUAGACGAUCUCUCCCAUCAGUUGAAGCGUGAACGGAAACAGGUGUACAGCAUUGAAAGCAAGGAAAAGACUGUGGAAGCUGAAAUCUCAAAGCUUCAACAACAACUACAACAGCUGGCCAGUCAUCGGAUGGAGUACGAGAGAAAGUGCGAUGAGAUAGAGAUACAGUCCAAGGAGGAAACGAACCGACUGAACCUUGUUAAAGACUCUCUGUCUUAUGUUCAGCUUCAAAUAGACAAGGUGAAACUUCUAGCUGGCCACUGAGGCAAAACAAGAAGAAAAAGAAGUUGCUUAAAUAAGGAGACACAUGCUGUCAAUAUCUACUAAGAGGAUACAACAGUUCAUUCCCCUGAUCAUUCACUAGAGUUACCUUCCCU